AUGACGUCGCCUUCGAGAAACAGAACCGACUCGACUCCGCCGCCACUGUCCUCGUCGCCCAUGUCACAGCAAAUCUACUCGUCCUCGCUGCCACGCGAUGAAGUCACCGCCCGCCUGGCUGCUCCCGUCCCGGCCGACACGCCGUCCCUCAUCCGCAGCGGCUCGCCCAAGCCUGGGGCCUUUGACAACGACAGCAGCAGCAGCAUACCGACGGGCUCCUACAGCCAGGGACCCGGCACCUCGGCCCUCGCCGCCGCGCUCGCUGACUCUCUAGGCCAGACGCCGCAACGACACGGCACGCCGCCCGUCCGCAUCGCCUCGCCGCCCCCGGGCCGACCUCUCUCGCCCGCCAAUCUCAAUCUGCAAUCUGCCACGCCCACAAAUUAUGGCUCGUUUGACUCGAGACGCAUGUACAUGGGCGGAGGUGGUACGGGCGGUGGCCCAGGCAGCACAGGGCCGUACGAGGACCCCGAGAUUGUGAAGCGUCAUCUGGUGCAGCCCAGCGAAGCCGAGGCCGGCCCCUCGGAGGAAUCCUCGAUCCAAGGCACCAUCAAGGGCAAGCAGCCCGAGCAGGUCGGCGGCGCGGGCCUCAACGAGGACGAAUUCUCCAGCUUGCGGCUCCAGGGCGGCGACGUGACCCGCGGCAUUUACAAGUGGACUGAGCAGGCCGAGGCUAAGAACCGGAUGCAUCGCAGUCAGAGCUUCGACCACUCGCGGCCCGAGCCCGAGAACGAGGUGGAAGACAUCAACGCCAUCAAAGUCCCCGGCGGUUUCCGCAGAGACCAUUUACGACGCAACGUCAAGAGCCCGCCCGGCAACGUCUCAGAGGCCGAGCACGGCGUUCCCUCGCCCGGCGGCCCCGCCAAUGAACGCCUCUUCACCUCGAGCUUUUUGGAAUUCCUGUCGAUAUACGGCCACUUUGCGGGUGAGGAACUGGAAGAAGACGACGAGGCGCUCGGCCCCAACGAGUACUUUGGCGACGACUACGAAGACGACGCCGACAAUGAGCGCGAACCUAUGGAGGACAGCGCGCUGCUGCCCCCGAACAAGCGCAAGCGCAGGAGAAAGACGCGCGGCGGCAGCGGCCAGAACAGCCCCACGAACGCGGCACUGCUGCUGCUCAAGUCGUUUGUCGGCACCGGCGUCCUGUUCCUGCCCAGGGCCUAUCUCAGCGGAGGCAUGCUGUUUAGUAACCUCGUGCUCCUCGGUGUAGCGCUCCUGAGCUACUACUGCUUCGUUCUGCUCGUCUCGACGCGCCUCAAGAUUGACGGCUCCUUUGGCGACAUGGGUGGCAUCCUCUACGGAAAGUGGAUGCGCAGCGUCAUCCUGUUCUCCAUUGUCCUGAGCCAGAUUGGCUUCGUGGCCGCCUACAUUGUGUUUACCUCGGAGAACCUGCAGGCCUUCAUCAAGGCCGUAUCGGACUGCAAGACGUCCAUCAGCAUCCCGUACCUCAUCCUGAUGCAAAUGGUCAUUUUCCUGCCCUUUUCCCUGCUCCGCGACAUUGGCAAGCUCGGCUUCACGGCGCUCAUUGCCGAUGCGUUCAUCCUCAUCGGCCUCGGGUACCUCUUUUACUACGAUGUGCUGACGCUAGCCACCGACGGCCUCGCCGACAUCAUCAUGUUCAACAAGCGCGACUGGACGCUGUUCAUCGGCACCGCCAUCUUUACCUUUGAGGGCAUCGGCCUGAUUAUCCCCAUCCAGGAGUCCAUGAAGCACCCCGAGAAGUUCCCGCGCGUCCUCUUCCUCGUCAUGAUCAUCAUCACCGUCCUCUUCACCACCAUGGGCGCCUUUUCCUACGCCGCGUACGGCUCCAAGACGGAGACGGUCGUGCUCCUCAACCUGCCCCAGGACAACAAGUUUGUCAACACUGUGCAGCUCCUGUACUCGGUCGCCAUCCUGCUCUCGACGCCGCUGCAGAUCUUCCCGGCCAUCCGCAUCGUCGAGACGGAGCUGUUUACGCGCAGCGGCAAGUACAACCCGUACAUCAAGUGGCAGAAGAAUGUGUUUCGCUUCUUUGUCGUUAUGCUCUGCGCGGGCAUUGCCUGGGGCGGCGCCGACAACCUCGACAAGUUUGUCGCCCUGGUCGGCAACUUUGCCUGCAUCCCGCUCGUCUUCCUCUAUCCUCCUCUCCUUCACUAUAGGGCCGUCGCCCGAAGCCGCCUGUGGAAGUACUCGGAUAUAGCCCUCUGCAUCUUUGGCUUCUGCGCCAUGGCCUACACCACCUCAAUGACUGUCAUGAACUGGGCCAACUCGCAGCCCAAGGCGCCCGGCUACUGCGAAAGACGCGGUCUCGGAGUCGACACCUGGUAA